UGGAGAACUUCAGUUUCAGUCUCUAGCACCUCUAUAAAUAACCACGAUGGGACGGCAAAAUAAAGCCUGUAGUAUCUGCAGGGGCCUUAAGAUCAAAUGUACUAUGCCAGAAACACCUGGACCAUGUCGCAGAUGUCACAAUCGCGGCUUGGUUUGCCUGGUGGACAGGAAUCCUCAAGCAUCACUGUCAGAAGAAAGCAACAGAUGGCGGAAUGACGUCUCGGGUCAAAUUCAGCAGCUCCAGACCGCCGUAGAUGUGCUGUUGCGCAUGUCCAAUCUGCCGCAACUCAGCUCCUACAAUGAGCGACCACAGCCUACGGCUGAUAUUCAGCAAGAUCUCACUCCAGAAGAUGAGGCACGGACAAGCGGCCAUGUCUCUGACGGAGACGAUAGUCUCCCUGCAGCACCUAUUAUGACGCCUGUGGUACCGGUGGACGAUAAUAUCUACAGUCUGCCUAUCAAUUAUCUUUAUGAAGUUACUCGGCUUCCGUCUCUGGCCACUGGUCCAUCCUCACCAUCUGCACAGCGCAGUCGCAUCAGCCACGAUUUUAUUUCCCGUGGGCUUGUCCCCAUUGUAACUGCGGAACGCUUGUUCACUCAUUUCGUCACGCGAAUUGACUACUUUUGCUAUGGGCUGACAUGUCCACAUGCUACAUUGGAAGAACUCCGUGCCAGUUCAACCGUCUUGACAGCUGCAGUAUGCGCAGUAUCUGCGCUGCACGAUCCUGAGGGUUCUACGGUAUUCAAGGUUUGCCAUGCCGAAUACCAGAGACUAGUAACAAAAAACAUGUUUGCAGUUGUACACUCUACCGAUGACGUUCGGGCUCUUAUCAUCGGAGCUUACUGGCUGGCCAACUUGUCGUAUACAGUGCUUGGGCAUGCCAUCAGAAUUGCAAUGAGACUCAACUAUCACCUCGCAUAUUACGCGGCGAUUCGUGAUUCCAAGGUUGAGGAUAUCGAAAAGGCGCGUCUGUGGUAUAUCUUAUACAUUCUCGACCAUCACUCUAGUAUCUUGUAUGGCCGACCUGUCAUGAUAUCAGCAGAUGAAGAACCGCACCAACAAUGGGAAACCUUCAUUCAGUCCAAUGGUAAUCAAGAGGUUGAUUUGCGGAUGUCAAGCCAGGUCGCGCUUUACCACAUAACUUCCAAGGUGAAGAACAUUUUCGGCAGCCACUCAACACAGGCUGUGCCGGAACAUUUUCUGACUCAGCUUCGCGGCUACUUCUCAGAACUGGAUCGAUGGUACAUGUGCUGGGGAGACAGAAUGCCACGAAACGCUUUUGUAGGCUGGUUUCCCAGAGACGGUGCCAGUCUGCAUUAUCAUUUUGCUCGCAUGCAUCUAUGCUCGUACAUCUUCCGAGGGACUUCUGUCGAAUCGAUUGCAGCAUCUUCUCCACAAGUCAAGGAGUACGCCAUCGUGGCAGUGACCUCUGCUACUGCUGUGCUCGAGCUCAUCAUGGAAAGGCCCGACUUGCGCACAGCUCUGGUUGGAAUGCCAAUCUAUUUCCAUGCUAUGAUUACUUUUGCAGCAGUGUUUCUUAUCAAAGCGGCAAAAGCAAAUUUUCCGGAGCCUGCGGCAGUGGAUACAACCACAGUCCUUACUUUGGUUGAGAACUGGGUUCGUGAGCUUAGGACACAAAAGGCGUCACAGCAACAUCUUGUUUAUCAUCUGGCUAAUGGUCUGGAGGGAUUUCUCAAGGCCCUUUCUAAUCCUGAUUUGGAUGUUUCUAUUAUAUCCGGCCCUAUUCGGACUCUGGGGGGUGAUCCCGCUUCAACGAACUACAUAAUGGAUUCGAUGUUUAUGCUUGACGCAUUUAAUUUGUUCCAAUAUCCAGGCACUGCAGGCUCGAUGGAGGGGGGGAUGCUACCAGAGUAGACAACCUUUGAGGUAAACUCAGGAAUGUAUUAUACUAUAGCAGCUGUAUUUCGUACCUUGUAUGAAGCAAAGUAGCAGUGGAAGGCACACAUCAUUGGUUAUUGCAUAAUGGAGCACUACCUACACGCCGUCUUAUGAAAGCCUCCGCUGGUAUUGGUGUUAUAGGCGUUACAGACAUUUACAGGCAUUGGCAGUACCUCGUUUAACAAACACGCUACAUCCUCUUUCUUAUAGGUUCUUGGAGCGAAAGAUGGCGGCUUUGGAUACCUUUAAGGACUCUCUCUAGGUCAAGUAGCUUAGAUGAGGGAGAUUUAUAUGCCAAUGACAUGGAAAUAAUUGCACCACUUGGAGAGCAUAUGCAAAGAUAGAGGUAGACUUAGUAAUAUACCGAAUGCUACCUAGUUUAGACAGCUUCUGCCAAGUAUGGAAAGUAUCUACUCAAGUACUUAAUAACAGAG